UCUCAGAGUCCCUUGGAUUAUGUGUGGUUUCUUGCCUCUCGAAUUUAGAACUUAGACAUUCUGGCGCCAACCUGUGCAGAGACUCUAGAGACUCGUAGCUCGUAGCUCUUUGAAUUUGCUGCUUUAGUGAACAUUCCAGCAACAGCCGCCUGUCUUAUGAUGAUACUAAUUCUGGUGACUUGCUUUAACCUCAUGAUGGAGUGAUGUGGGAGAAUGACAGCAAUGAGAAGUUCUUUUAAGAGCAGUAAAAUAUUUUCCAUUAUUUUAAUCCUUGCUGAAUUUUCUAUCGCCAAACGACGAUUAUUAAAGAAAAAUCUGUCACGGGUUUUAUAACGCCAUUCGUAUUAGCCAAACACAAGCACUCCUCCGUUUUUUGUGACUUGAAAAUUCGCAGUUCUGUAAUAUUUUGGUGGUAAAUAUUCCUUUACUUUAUGUAUUUAUCUUCUUCUAAAGGUUUAACGUGUGGUCCACCUAUUCCUCCUCGUGGCUCAACCAUAAUUCAUCCACCAGAUCAAGAAAAGUACGAAAAAGGAAGCGUGGUGCUGUUUGGUUGUAAACAAGGCUUUUACCUGGUUGGAAAACCUAUAAUAAAAUGCCUUGGGAGUAUCUGGACACAAAGGCAGUUCAGAUGUGUGGGGUUUUGUCCAGACCUAGGUCAAAUUUCGAAUGGUCAAGUUAUUGAAACACGCCCUAAUAUCGGACAGGCGGCCGUGGAAUUUCGUUGCAAUGAAAAGUUUCGACUGGUCGGUACACCAAGCCUGGAAUGCGUUGAUGGAAGAUGGAACGGAAAGCUACCGUUUUGUGAGAGGCUAAAGUCGUGUCCACGUCUUCGAGCUCCUCCUAACGUUACCCUUCAUGGAUCUGACACUACUCAUGGUGCCCAGGCAAACUUUGCCUGUUUGACAGGUUUUGAUCUAUUCGGGUCGCCCACUUUGACAUGUAAUGAUGGAGUUUGGAGUGCCAAUGUACCAACUUGUAAAGCCUAUUGCCUGGAGAUUAGGUAUCCGCCAAAUGGUCGAAUAUUUGGAACAAGCUUUUCUCAUGGUCGAGUUGUUUCGUUUGAGUGUAAGCUUGGAUUCGAAUUGGUUGGUGAUCGUGCACUGCGCUGUAUCCAUGGCAGAUGGAAUUCCAGUGUUCCAGUAUGCAAAGCAACGCUAUGCUCAAAACCUACCUUUCCGAGUAACGCCUACAUCAUUUAUCCUCAAACAAAUCAUGUGAACUACAUUCAUGGGACUCACAUUUUUCUGGCCUGUCGCGAUGGAUAUUACCUAAAGGGGUCGCCAAUCAUGGUGUGUAACCAGACUGUGUGGCUUAAGAGGGAAUUCAGUUGCAUAGCUUCCUGUCCUGUCGUGGAUUCAAUAAAGAAUGGUAUCAUCACACACGCUACUUUGAAGGAAGGUGGUGAGGUUGAAAUAACAUGUCGCACAAACUUCACGUUGGUCGGAUCAGCAAAAAUAACUUGCAUGAAAGGAAAAUGGAGCGACAGUCUACCAUCCUGUAAAGGUUUGCAAUGCAAGACAACAGUCGAAUGCAAUUAG